GCGCGACGAAAUAUGUGUCCUGCUUGAUAGUAUUCAGGCCCGAUUCAUUCAGUAGAUCUGUAUAAUUUAGAUGUUGUGGUUGAUAAUACUAAAAAUGUUAUAAAAUGAAUUUCAUUGAAGAAAUGAGAAAAGCAAAGAAAUAAAGAUAAACAAUAUAUAUAUAUUUAUAUAUAUAUAAUUCAUAACAGAAGUGCGGAUAUAAGUAACCCUUUUCAGCUCUUUUAGAUUACGUUUUGAAGAAGAAUUUACAAGGAAUUAUAUUUUCUCAAGUGAAACAGAUCGGCGAAUAUUAUUGGUGGAAUUCCUCUCAGGAUAAAAUUUCACAGAGAAGCUGAGAAACAUUUUCAUUCAAUGCGCGUUCAGUCAUUGAGUUUCAAAGUUUUACCUAUUGCGCUACGGAGCAGUGUUCAACAGGGGAAAAUAAUUUUCGAACAAAUUCGGCAAAUAUGCAUCAGAGUGAAAUAGUUUAAUUGCAGGAUUUCGUGAGAAUAUCCUUGUAAGAUUAAUUUCCUGUAAUUAGAAAAAAAUAUAAGCUGAUUUAAUUAAAAUGGCUUCUACUUCUGACGAUGAGCGCGAUACAUUUGCAGAGGAACAGCACGAUAAUUUCGAGGAGGAAGAACGCGACACUUUGCCAGAUCUAUACGAUAAUCCCGAUUCAGCAGAAACAAUGUCCACUUCGGAAUGUCGUUCAGCCACGUCAGAAGAACGCUCUCUUACAUCGGACACGGAAUUAGAGGAUCUUGAAGAAGUUUUACGUGACCAACCAAAGCCAAAAGUUAUCGUUUUCGAUCUCGACUACACAUUAUGGCCGUUCUGGGUGGACAGAGGGAUGAACAUAGAGCUACCGUUCAAACACGUUGGAAAGACAUUAAGGGGAGAGAACAAAGUGUGUGACGCUUCAGGAAGGGAGGUAAAAAGUUUUCCAGACAUUACUCCUUUGUUACAAAGACUACAUAAUGAAGGCUACAAGCUUGGAAUAGCAUCUGAGGCAUUUUACAGGGAAGAGUGUGCAAAGUUGGUGAAAUUGUUUGGAUGGGAGGAGUUAAUAGAUUAUAAAGAAAUAUAUCCUGGAUCAAAAAUAUUUCAUUUUGUCAAGAUCAAGAAAGCGAGUGGUGUGGAAUUCUGUGACAUGCUGUAUUUUGACGACGAGAAAGAACAUUUAGCUGAGGUCGCUGGAACUUGUACAGGUAUAACGACAUACUGGGCAGACAGAGGUGUAUCUGAAGAAAUUAUGGAGGAGGCUUUCCUCACGUUUGCCAAAAACAGGGAGAGCAGCACAUAUUUCAGAUCAAAGCCAGUUUCAAUAUCUCGUCGUAAUUCUACGGAACCGUUCGUCAGUCUCCGUCCGCUAAUUAAUCUUCGGCGUCGUAAUUCUGUUGAAAAUGACAUUUCAGUUCCAGCGCCUCAUACACUAUUGGGCGGGGCAUCUCUUGCGGCUUUGGCCAAUGGAAUAACUGGUUUAUCGUUGAAAGACAAUGCAAAUAAGCCUAGUGUUCACCAGUUUAACCCAAAUUUACCUGGACUAAAUGGACCUAUCGGGGGCGGUGCGCCUAGAUCAAAAACAAGGCGACGGUACAGUAUUAUGUGAUGAACAGGUGUUUAUGUGCUAACAUACUAUAAUAUGUAAGCCUUGAAAAAGGUUCACAGAAUAUGCUGUUAAAACUUUCUGGGACAAUAUUUAUACCUGAAAAUUGUAGAAAAAUCAACAGCAGAAGCUUACUUUCAAUGUGAUUAUUCGAACUAGCUUUGAAACAACUUUUAAGGCAAUAUUUCACAUUCAUCAUGACAAAAUUCAAGGUAAAAAUGUCCCAUUCUGGAUCUUAAAACCUAAUGAGAGGUUAUUGCAGGUCUUAACAGCAAACAGUUAUUCUAUGAUGGCAUAAUAGUGUGUAUACUUAUUAGAAAUUAUUUCAACUGUCACAUUAGAUUGCCAAAUCUCAUUAUAGAACAGUAUUUUGUGAAAUGGAAGUUAGUGUUCAGAUAAGUGCUUCUGAACUUUGUAUAUACAAAUAUGGUAACAAAACAAAAACACGUAUCAUAAAAUCAUUUACCAUCCACGUACUUCUUAUACAAACAUUUAAGUGCCCUUAUUUCAUAUCUGUAUGAUAUUGGCUUUAAUCCUAGCACCAGUGUACGCUUUCUCCGGAAGAACAAGACACUUGUAAUUAAUCACAGUACCUUUUAUCUUCAUCAUGUAAUUUUACCGAUGAUUGUGCACAUUAUCUUGUAUUCGUAACAUGAACAAAUAUAGGACUAUGAAACAAUAUGUUAUAGUAGUUAGUCCUGUGUGUUAUUUUAUGCAAUUGUACAUUCAUAGUGUGCCUAAAAUGUGAUUUAGUAAUGUACGUUUAUCUAUGGUUGAAGAAACAUCAGUGAUUGGCUAUCGUGUAGGUACCCUCAGCGAAACAACUGGCGAUUUUUACCGUUGUGGCUUAUAGAAGCGUUAAAAUAUGUAAAUAAUAUGUAACUUAUGUAUAUUGUUUGCAUUCAGAUAUAUUAUUAUCUAAAUUGCAAAUUAAUUGAUAAAUUAUCUAGAUAAAUUUUAUUUAAACGCAUUUCAAUAAUUGUUUGCGUAUUUCGUAUCAAAAUUAUUAUACACGUGCUGCAAGCUGUACUCUUGUUCAUUAUAGAGGCCGAAUCUCAGAUCGGCUAAUCGUUUUUGUCAUUAUAGUAGACAUUUUGUUUCGUUUACUUUUAUUUUGUGUAGAAGCAGGCUACAUUCCUAGCGAACGACAGCAUAUUAUGUACGAUAAAUGUUUGAGUUUAUGCCAAUAUUGACGAGGCACAUGAAACCAUAUGUGUUAGCAUAUGCUGACCUAGAUAUUUUAUCCGGUAGAGCAUGUAAAGCUAUUUCAACAGUUGUCUCUUAAGACCGGGUUGCGGGUUGUGGAGUUUGCUUUUUGUUUCUUGUUUGAUAUUCAUAAUUGACUUUUAAUGGCCAAACGACACACAGAAUUAAUUUUUAAAUAUUUCAAGAACACAGUAUGUAUAUAAUGUACAUAUGUAAUGCUUAAUAGAAGAGAAGAUAUGAUAACGAGUCUCUUACUAGUAAUGGAAAAACGAUAUUAAUUGUAUAAUUUGUUGGUGUUUGGAAUUUCUUUACAUGCUAUUUACUAAAGCGUUUUGUGACCUUUACGCGACCUUUAUCACUCCUUUCUUCCUGUCAAACGAAAACGGUAUGAAAUAAUUUAAGAAUUUUUUCAAACUUUGUCGGUAUAUUUUAGUAUUACUAGGGUUACUAAUGUGCUGAAUUUGUUACCCUCUGUUUCAAACAAAAUACGCAAUUAUUUUACAUUGAAAUUGUUACAAAUAAAAUGUAUACACACU